UUACACAGUAUGGGAAAACUUCCUGGAACCAGAAUGGCAGAGUUAAAAGCCAAGUACACCUUGCUGCAUGAUACCGUGGUAAGCACACAAGAGUCCGAGGUCCAACUGCUAGAGGAUGCCAAACGUUUCACCGAGCAAAUACAACAGCAGCAGUUUCACCUGCAGCAAGCUGAUAAUUUUCCUGAGGCAUUCACCACCGAGGUCUCUAAAAUGCGAGAACAACUUCUCAAGUACCAAAACGAAUAUAAUGCAGUGAAGGAAAGAGAGUUCCACAAUCAGUACAGAUUAAAUAGCUUAACAGAAGAAAAAACCCUCAUAAUAAAGGAAUUUGAGAAGAUACCUAAGCCAGGAGAAAUGGAGAAGAAGACGAGACUAUUGAGAGAAAGCACUGAGGAAUUACGUAAGGAAAUAAUGCAGAAGAAACUGGAAAUCAAAAAUUUACGGGAGGAUUUGACAUCUAAGCAAAAGCAAUUACUAAAGGAGCAGAAGGAACUAGAAGAACUGUUGGAAUAUCAGGUCAACCUAAAGGAUGAAGUGGUCCACCAUCAAACUGUUCCUGUACAAAUUGGAAAAGAGAUAGAAAAAACAACACGCAAAAAAGUAGAAAUGGAAAAGAAAAAAAUCGUCUUGGAAUAUGAACUCAAAGAGCUAAAUGACUUGCUAAAGAAAGUUGAAAACAAAAUUAAUUCUAUAAUGGAAGAGAAGGAGGAUGUAAUAAAGGAAGUUGAAGGCAAACGAGCCUUACUUGAAAUCAAAGAACGAGAAUAUAACCAAUUGGUCAAGCUCCUGGAAUUAACCAGAGAGAAUGAAGCAACUUCACUAACUGAAAGAGGGAUCUUAGAUCUCAACUUACGAAACUGUCUCAUUGAUAAGCAGAACUACCAUGAUGAACUUUCUCGUAAGCAAAGAGAAAAAGAACGAGAUUUUCGAAAUUUAAAAAAGAUGGAGCUACUCUUAAAAGUGUCCUGGGAUGCACUCACUCAAACUCAAGCACUACAUCAAAGGCUUCUAUUAGAGGAGUUUCCAACUGUGGUAGACACUUCUGAUCCUAACCUACGCCUAGUUCUCCUCUUCUUCUGGGCAUAUAGGAAGUGUCUACUUUCUUGCAUCUUUGCAGUUGAGCAGAGUCACAUGACUAGUUCUGGCCAAUGGAUUGUGGACAGAAGUGACACAUUAUCUGAUUGCCAGUGUGAGACCUCUAGCUCUUUUCCCUCUCCUACUGCAGUUGUAGAAGUACAUGAUGAUAUGGAAGUGCUGUAA